AUGACUGACAGCAGCCAGGUCCAACCGGCUAUUCCAGAGCGUGGCCUCCGCCAGGGGCGUUACAGACACGAGGCCCUAGAACCAAUCGCAUUGGACCCCAGGGGGUGGGGCCUCCUUGCCAGCUCUAGAAAGGUGCUCGCGGCACUCCUUUUGUCAAAUGAGACACGCGGGAGGGCGGGUUCUCAGCCGCGGCUCAGCCAAUGGGGAAGGCAGGCUUGGAGGGCUGGGCGUGUCAGGCGGCGGGUCCUCAGCUCCGAGCCGAGGUGCGGUGAACCGGUGGGGGGACCGCGAGGCGAGCGCGGGAGCCUGGGCGGCGAGCGGGCUGUGAGCUGCCCGAAAAUGCACUCGGAUGCCACCGCUGUCAACUUUCAGCUGAACUCUCAUCUCUCAACACUGGCAAAUAUUCAUAAGAUCUACCACACCCUUAAUAAGCUAAAUCUAACAGAAGACGUUGGCCAAGACGAUCACCAAACAGCAUCCUUAUCUUGUUCCAGUUCUUAGAGGGAAUGCGAAAGGCGGCUGAGGGUCCUCGGUUUAGACCCGGUCGGGCUCUGGUUCUGUGCCGAAGGAGCAAGCGGGGCCUUGAGCUCACACGCCGUCCAGUACCAGGCUCGGGGUAGCAGCCUCACUUGGGCCGUGCUCCUCAUUUAUAACAGAGAGGGUGCCGCUGACUGCAUGUAUAGAAAAUAUGAUUCAACUAGAAUAAAGACUGAAGAAGAAGCCUUUUCAAGUAAGAGGUGCUUAGAAUGGUUCUAUGAAUAUGCAGGUAGUGAAGAAGUGGAGAAGGACCAGCGCAGCCUAGACAUAAACACUGCCAAGUGCAUGUUGGGACUGUUAUUAGGAAAAAUCUGGCCCCUUUUUCCAGUUUUUCACCAAUUCUUAGAGCAAUCAAAAUACAAAGUUAUUAAUAAAGACCAGUGGUGCAAUGUCCUAGAGUUUAGCAGAACAAUUAACCUUGACCUCGGCAACUAUGAUGAAGACGGCGCGUGGCCGGUUUUGUUGGACGAGUUUGUGGAGUGGUAUAAAGACAAACAGAUGUCCUAGGACUGUCUGCACAGCAGCGAGAGAGUCACUGUUACCAGUUAUGUCACCCAUUAGCCAUAAAUUGCUGUUCGUAUCCAAGCGCAUGCUGCUUUUCUUGCACUGUCUCCCUUGCGCAGGGACGUGUCGGUGUUUGCUAUUGAGUGGGCCAGCUCUGCUUGCUGUGUAGCAUUGUUCUCUCGGAGGGCUGCUUCGCAGUGUGUAUUUACACUACAGAUUGGUGAAUUUGCCAACGUCCUCACUGUGAUGAUGUGUAUAUUGCUGUUUAAAUUUUGUAUAUGUGUAUAAAAAGAAAAAGCUUCACCUAGAGAUUAUUUCUUCAAAAAUGUAUUGUAAAAAUAAUUUUGUGGCGUAUUUCUAGUCCCUUUUUUUCGAAUGAACCAGUUAUCCUCUGUUCGGUCUCAAAUGUAGCAUUUCAGCAAACAAGACAAAACAGCUGUGACCUGAGUAAACGUUGCCAGAAUAACCUUACUGUCCGAGAGGCCGACUUCUGGAAGGAGGUGGGAGUCCUAACUUCUCAGAGGCAAAUGCCAAACAUAAUUUGGUUUACUCAACAAUAUCAGCAUGAAAGUUAUAAUUAUUUGAACAUAUAGACACGUAACAUGCCACAAAUCAUUCCUACCAUGCAAGGGUAUAGUUUUUUGCUUUUUAAUGUUAAAACUAUAGUAGCUUGAAUAUAGGUACAAAUGAACAAAUUCAAAUUGCACCUUUUUUUUAAAAUGGGGUUUAAAUUCCUGUAAACAUUCUUUCUUUGAUGGUUUUUCUCUUUUUCUAUUUCCCUUUUGCAUUCUUCUAGCCAGUGUUUGGUCUGCUGGUGCUCUCUGUGCCACUCUACAUAGAUUCACUUUGCCUCCUUGUGAAAACCUCAUGGUUUGCUGGCAAUUUAUAAAUGCAGAGCACUUUUAGUUGUGGCUUGAAUUUUUAGUUCAGCUUUUAUGGUGUCUAAUUUCUAGUUUUUUGAGAAAAGAACCAUACUACGAGUGAGAGGUGUUUUGUUCUAGUUUGUUUUCCUUGUUCGUUUCUGUCACGCUGGGCUUUUCCUUGCAGCAUGUCCAUUGCGGGCAGUGGACACGUGACCACCAGCGUCGAGAUGGCCCAGUUCUCGCUGGGACCUGUCUUGGAGGGGCCACUUGUCAUUACCCGAGUCAUUUGUACAGAGGGGAAUAGCCAUUAUUUAUGUGGAUGAGGAAAUGAGAGUAAAGAGGAUGGUGUUUUUAGGUUUCUGUUUUAUGUCUUUUUUCUUUUUUGGCCUUGCCCUUCUUGAGGAAACAGAGAGAGAACAUGUUUUACCCCAACUUCCUGGUGCUAUUGAAUGAUACUGAUUCAGUCCCUAAAGUUCUGUGAAACCACAACAGUCUAAUGAUUUGACCAAGUGAAAAGCUAAUGGUGCAUUUGAACGAGUGGAUGCUGUAGUUGUCAGCAAGAUCCUUGAUUGAGCAUGUGAUGAUUGGAAGAAGUUUGGAUUUUUUGGAAAUCUGGCCAAGAAGUCUUUUAGAUGACAUGUGAACCUUUAAGUGGCAUUAAAUGAGCAAAGCACACAGACAAUGCUACUCUUGAUCACUGUUACGGUUUCUUUGCGAACAGUGUUCAGAUUUCCAUAUUAUUUUUUCCCUGACUGAACCACCAAAGACAGAAAUUUUGUAUGUAUAUACAGUGUGUGUGCAUAUGCAAAAUCAUGGUAUGGUAGAAUGCAACUACUUUUUUUUUCCUACCAAAUAGAAAGAUUUGGUUUGCUGUGAAAUAAACCAGAAGUUU